AUGAAUAAUUUGAAAUAUUUUCAUACAACAUCUAAUGUUUGUGUGGAUAUUAUGCAUGAUUUGCUAGAGGGAGUAUGUCGUUAUGACAUGGGUUAUGUUUUAUAUGAGUUUAUUUAUAAUAAAAAAUAUUUUUCCUUAGAAACUUUAAAUCGUAGAAUUAAAUAUUUUGAUUUCCAUCAAGGUGUAGAUACUGGAAAUCAAAUUCCUCAACUAAUUAAAUUACAGAUUAAAAAAAAACAUCUUACCAUGUCUGCUGCAGAAAUGUUGGCAUUAGUUGUUUAUUUUCCGUUUUUAGUUACUAAUUUUAUUGACACUGAAGAUACAUGUUGGACAUUUUAUUUACUGCUAUAUGAAAUUGCAUAUUUUACUAUGAAACAUGAAAUUGAUAAAUCAGAACUAAUAUAUUUAAAGCAUUGUAUAACAGAACACAAUAGCUUGUUUAUUGAAAUUUUUAAUGAUAAUUUAAGACCUAAAUAUCAUAUUUUAACCCACUAUGUAAAUAUUAUUAAGAAAAUGGGACCUGUAAAUGCUUUAUCUUCCAUGAGAUUUGAGGCAUUUCAUAAAAUAGGGAAAACCAAUGCACAUAUUGUUACAUCUAGGGUAAAUUUAUUACAAACUCUAUCAUUGCUGUAUCAACUUCGUGUAUGUCAUCGUUUGCAGUUCAAAAUUUGA